AUGUCGUCAGGAAAGGUCAAGGCCGGCCAGCUCUGGAACAAGAACAAGGAUGAGCUCACCAAGCAGCUCAACGAGUUGAAGACCGAGCUCGGUCAGCUCAGGAUCCAGAAGAUUGUCUCUUCUGGCACCAAGCUCAACAAGAUCCACGACCUCCGCAAGUCUAUCGCCCGUGUCCUCACCAUCAUCAACGCCAAGCAACGAGCGCAGCUCCGUCUGUUCUACAAGAACAAGAAGUACAUUCCCCUCGACCUCCGACCCAAGCAGACCCGCGCUAUCCGCCGUCGUCUAUCUGCGAAGGAGAGCUCUGUUGUUCUUGAGAAGAGGCGCAAGCGAAACACCCACUUCCCCCAGCGCAAGUUUGCUGUCAAGGCUGCUUAA